AUGGCGAAAAAGAAAGGCAGAAAAUCCCUGGUUAGAACUUCAAUUUCCGCGGCAUGCCCAGCCGAGGACCAGGAACCGCUCGUAACCAACGGUAAUACCAUCUACGAAGAGCAGCCAUGUUCACCUCCGGAGGAGGUUCCUGAGCUGUCACCCCAAACCGAUGAAGCGACACCCAGCUCAGCCGAAAACAACAAACCUAUACACUGUCCCUACUCUGGCCCCACCGCCGCUCUCAUCUGCGGUAUCAUUUCCACCGCCGCCGUGAAGGUUCCCCGCGCCCUCCUCCCCCCCUCUAUCGAAGCCAAAUGCGCCGAUCGUGACGGCGACACAAUCGCCAAGCUUGAUCUCGUUGAUAAGGACGCUGCAUACACCCUUGCGCACUACAUCCACACUGGCACAUACCAAACAUUGCGCCUUGCAGACGACAUCUCCGCUGCCGACGGUGCAGCAAAGGAGCACGAUCGCGCCCUGCUCGCCUACGUCGCGGCGACGGCGUACAAUCUUCCGGGAUUAGCGGACCUGGCGAAAGAAGAGGCAGAGAGGCAGCGCGCGGCGGUACCGCCGGGCAGGGCGCUGCGGAACGUCGAGAACGCGUGCAUGGACCUGCUGGCGGGGGACGGCUGGGUGCGCGAGCACCUGGAGAAGAUCAUUUUGGAGGAGGAUUUGAGCUGUGUUUCUUGCGAUGAGUUCGAUUCGCGCUUCGCGGGGGCGCUGGUAGCGACCAUCGUGAAUAUUUUUGCCGAACUCAAACAAGAGGUCGAUGGUCCAUUGGCUGACGAGGCGUGUGUUGUCUCGGACGCGGGUUCUUGUCAUGAUCCGGAUGAAGUCAACUCGUAUCAUGAUGAGAGGGAUAAUGAAAGAGUGGACGCUGCAUACGACGUGCCCGGAGAGGAGGCAGAGGAAAUUGUGCAUGAUGAACCCUGCACUGAAUCGGCUGAGGAAGUGGUGAAUGGCGUGUUUCCCAAGGAGAGUGGUGAUGCUCAGCCAGAAGAGUCCCACUGGAGCGACUGUGCAGCCGAAGACCCACCGACGAGUGAAAGGAGUUGUAUUGAAGAGGUGGCAUACCCAGAUGAGCCGGCCAGCUACUCUGGAUAUCCUGACAGGGAAGAGGCUCAACCUGACGAGAUCCCUCCUGCACCCGAUGAACCUGCUGUACCUGACGAAUACCUUGCUCCACCUGAUGCGUAUCAUUCUCCACCUAAGGAGUACUCUUCUCCGUCUGGGAUGUCUCCUGCUCCUCCCGUAUUAGAGAUGGAUUCAGCGGCACCGGUCGAGCUUGAUUCAAUUUUCGACGAACCAUUGGCUCAGGAAGAAACUUCACCACAAAUUACAGCCGCGCAGUGCGGCAACGCGUUGGAACAUCUGAUCGGCGGGCUACCGCCGAUUCUUUCGCUUCCAGACCACGACCUGGAUCUCAAACAAGAUGCAAAGACCUCUGGUUGUAGAGAAGAAGACAAGCCGGAACCCUAUCGAUACAGCUUUGAGCCGCUCAUCCGCUCUCUUCAAAUCAUGGAUCCAGUCUUCAAUAUCAAGGCAACUGAUAUCGUCACCGGGUUAGGAAAUAUUCGAACACUUUUUGAUUUCUGCACCAAGGGGACUCACAUCCCAGAUGGAUUGAGGAUUGAUCUUGAGCUUAUCGGAUCGACUCUCUUCAUGAGCCGUUACAGCUACAUUGUCGACGGCAUCCGUUCAGAUUCUCUAUUUUCAGGCUUUGGUCGCGGUUUUGAGCUUAUGAUCUGGGGAAUUGUAGGCUCUGUGUACAGCACGAAGCAGAUGCGUGCAGACUGGAAUUCAUCCGAGGAUGCAGCUGCGGCGCCACGAUACACGCAACCACCGAAGAGCCAGAAUGUGUUUCGCCAAAGAGAGGAGGAGAGGGCUCCGACGGUGACAAAGACCUCCAUGUUGUGCAACAUGGAGCAAAGCUGUCUCGUCAGCAUAUUUCGGAGAUCAAGUCACGCGCGAGUGACUCUCGCACGCCCUACUUUCGUGUCCUACCGCAACUAUGGCUAUCAGGAAUGA